UACUUUUUCAGUCUUAUAUUUAGGCUGAAUAAGAGAGGCAACACAGCACAACCCUCCACAAGGAACAGCAUAGCAUAGCUGAAACUGCUAGUCUUCGCUCAUGGCUGCCAAUACUGGGCAAUUGGUGAAGGAUGAAGAAAGCCUUUCUGUUGGAAUUAAAAUCCAACCACUCUCCUCUACACCAAUGGCAGAGCACUGGAGAGUAGAUGGAGGAGAGAGGCAAACACCCCCUUCAUUGGUUGAGAGACUGGGUUUUGACGAGAUCUUUUCCUUAAAUGUUUGGAGGGCAUCAGUUGGGGAACUUCUUGGCUCAGCAGUUCUGGUCUUCAUGAUUGACACAAUUGUAAUAUCAACCAUUGAGUCCGAAACCAAAAUGCCAAACUUGAUAAUGUCAGUCCUCAUUGCCAUCACAAUCACAAUUUUACUCCUCGCCGUCUUUCCGGUUUCCGGUGGCCACAUCAGCCCCCUCAUCUCCUUCUCUGCUGCCCUCGUCGGGCUGAUCUCCAUUUCACGCGCCACCAUCUACAUCCUGGCACAAUGUCUUGGUGCAGUGCUAGGGGCAUUAGCACUCAAAGCUGUGGUAAGCAGCACCAUUGAACAAACCUUCUCACUUGGAGGGUGUACCCUCACGGUCAUUGCUCCGGGCCCAAAUGGGCCCGUUACAAUAGGCCUCGAGACUAGCCAGGCCCUUUGGCUUGAAAUAAUUUGUUCCUUUGUGUUCCUUUUCGCUUCAAUUUGGAUGGCAUAUGAUCAUCGCCAAGCGAAGACCCUGGGCCUGUUUAAAGUUUUUGCGAUCGUUGGUACUGUGCUAGGCCUUCUUGUGUUUGUCUCAACGACGGUCACAGCGAAAAAGGGUUAUGCUGGUGCUGGGAUGAACCCGGCAAGGUGUUUGGGCCCUGCAAUUGUUAGGGGUGGCCAUCUCUGGAAUGGGCAUUGGGUCUUUUGGGCUGGGCCUGCGAUUGCUUGCGCGGUAUUCUACCUGUACACAAAGAUCAUACCACGUCAGCAUUUUCAUGCCAAUGGGUACAAGCAUGAUUUCUUUGAUGUUUUGAAGGCUUUGCUUGGAUCAAAUGGUGGUCAGAGGUAGAAACAAAAGGAGUUUUCAAAAUGGGAAGACAUACUUUAAGGUCAUAUGUAAAAUAUAAGCCAGUAUGCCAUGUUCCACCACCCUCUUGUAUGUGCUGUAGUGUUCACUUUUUAGCUAGAUUUCUGCAUGUAAUGACUCUUUCAAAAGAGCAGCUGUGAGUGACUGAGUUUAUCGAAUGAUCUUUCAUACUUCUUUCUCAUGUAUUACCAAAUGAAAUAAAAAGAAUAAUGUAAAAAAAAAAAAAAAUUAUCAUCACAAAGUUAUAUUGUAGUCACGAGUUCAAAAGAGAUGUGAUUGUAACGGCUCUUGAUUAUGCAAGUAAAAGGUUACCAAAUAUGUCAAGAAACAGAAGUAUGAUUUUCACUUUGAAUGAUGUAGGAAUAUGAAAAUAGAGGUUGGGAUGUAU